AUGCACACCGUUGGGUUUGUGGGUUGCAGGAAGGGGAAAGGAGAGCAUCUGGGUGACACCUUUGUUUGCGGUGGUGGUGCAGCAACGUAUACCCGGGCAGGUGCCAGAAGCACAUGCUGUGCAAGUAGCCACUACCAGCUGGGUCCGGGCUCACCGCACAUCCGGUGGGGAUGGCGGCAGCACGUGGCACCUAACAGCCGCCGGGACGAGCGAAGGUGGAAGGAAGGCAGCCGCGAGCGCGCACUGCUGGGCUGGGACCGCUGCUGCAGGGCUGUGGGGUGCGGGGUGCCCCUGGGUGGCACCCUGGAGUGGGUGGCUUGGAGUGGUGCACCGUGGUGGUGCCCCUGGUGUGGGCGCCCCAUGGCGAUGCCCCUGGCACGGACACCCCACGGCGAUGCCCCCAGAGUGGGCACCCCACCACGAUGCCCCCAGGGUGGGCGCCGCAUGGUGGUGUGCCUGGCAUGGGCACCCCAUGGUGGUGCCCCUGGAGUGGGUGCCAUUGUGGUGCCUCCAGUGUGGGCACCCCACGGCGAUGCCCCUGGGGUGGGUGCCCGGCCUGCGGCUGUGCAGCCCCAGGAGAGCUGCCCUGUGCUGGGGGCUCUGCUGGGGCCCCCCGGGGUGGCAGUUCCCACGGCCAGGGCUGAGGAAAUUGUGUGUGUGUAUAGGUGUGUGUGCGUGAGAGAGAGAGAGAAGGGAGUCAGAGAAUGGUUUUUGCUAGGGAGGAAGGGAGCGAGGCUCUUCCUCCCAACACCCUCCUUACUGAGCUCUCGGGGGUGGGGAGAAGAAAACGUGCCUCUGGGAUCCCGCCGUGCCCUCUCCUGGGCAGGAUUGCGGCUCCGCUGCAGGCCCAGCCGCGCUGCUGCUGCUCCGGCGCGCUUGUCUCUGCGUGGUUCAGCUCUGUCUGAAACCCUCCCUCUCCCGUGGCGGGAGCGGGCGCGCGGAGGCUACCGAUGUCCCGUGCCCUCGGCUAGGGGAUUUGGGAAACAAGGAUUUCAGUGCCAAGUUUGCUGUUUUGUGGUUCAUAAGAGAUGCCAUGAAUUUGUUACCUUCUCAUGUCCUGGGGCUGACAAGGGACCUGACACUGAUGAUCCCAGAAGCAAGCACAAGUUUAAGAUCCACACAUAUGGCAGCCCAACCUUUUGUGACCACUGUGGGUCACUGCUUUAUGGGCUCAUACAUCAAGGGAUGAAAUGUGACACUUGUGAUAUGAACGUUCAUAAACAAUGCGUAAUAAAUGUCCCAAGCCUCUGUGGAAUGGAUCACACAGAGAAAAGAGGAAGGAUUUAUCUGAAAGCUGAAGUCACUGGGGACAGACUGGAAGUAACAGUGCGAGAAGCAAAAAACCUAAUUCCCAUGGAUCCAAAUGGACUUUCAGAUCCGUAUGUUAAACUGAAACUCAUCCCAGAUCCCAAGAAUGAAAGUAAACAAAAAACAAAAACCAUCCGUUCUACUCUGAAUCCACACUGGAAUGAGUCGUUUACGUUUAAAUUAAAACCUACAGACAAAGAUCGACGGUUAUCUGUAGAGGUCUGGGACUGGGAUCGAACAACCAGAAACGAUUUCAUGGGAUCUCUUUCAUUUGGGGUAUCAGAGCUUAUGAAAAUGCCAGCCAGUGGAUGGUACAAGCUGCUGAAUCAAGAAGAAGGUGAAUAUUACAACGUUCCAAUUCCAGAUGCUGAUGAAGAUGGAAAUGCUGAGCUCAGACAGAAGUUUGAGAAAGCCAAACUUGGGCCUGCUGGUAACAAAGUCAUUACUCCAACAGAAGACAGGAUUUCGAGUGUCCCAUCCAACAACCUGGACAGGGUGAAGCUGACAGAUUUCAACUUUCUCAUGGUUCUUGGAAAGGGGAGCUUUGGAAAAGUGAUGCUGGCAGACAGGAAGGGGACAGAGGAGCUCUAUGCAGUCAAAAUACUGAAAAAAGACGUGGUGAUUCAGGAUGAUGACGUUGAAUGUACAAUGGUUGAAAAACGAGUCCUAGCGUUGCAGGAUAAGCCAGCUUUUCUAACACAGCUUCACUCUUGUUUCCAAACAGUUGACCGUCUGUAUUUUGUUAUGGAGUAUGUGAAUGGUGGUGAUCUCAUGUAUCACAUUCAGCAAGUAGGAAAGUUUAAGGAGCCACAAGCAGUGUUCUAUGCAGCUGAGAUCUCAGUUGGGCUAUUCUUUCUCCAUAAUAGAGGGAUUAUUUAUAGGGAUCUGAAGUUAGAUAAUGUGAUGUUGGAUUCAGAAGGACACAUUAAAAUUGCUGAUUUUGGAAUGUGCAAAGAACAUAUGUUAAAUGGAGUAACAACCAGGACCUUCUGUGGCACUCCAGACUACAUCGCACCAGAGAUUAUUGCCUACCAGCCCUACGGGAAGUCAGUGGAUUGGUGGGCGUAUGGAGUACUGCUCUACGAGAUGUUAGCUGGCCAGCCUCCAUUUGAUGGAGAAGAUGAAGAUGAACUUUUCCAGUCCAUAAUGGAGCAUAACGUUUCCUAUCCAAAAUCACUGUCCAAAGAAGCUGUCUCUAUCUGCAAGGGGCUAAUGACUAAACAUCCUGCAAAACGCCUUGGCUGUGGCCCUGAAGGUGAAAGAGACAUCAGGGAACAUGCUUUCUUCAGGAGAAUUGACUGGGAAAAACUGGAAAACAAAGAGAUUCAGCCACCUUUCAAGCCUAAAGUGUGUGGCAAAGGUGCUGAGAACUUCGAUAAAUUCUUUACACGAGGACAGCCAGUGUUAACCCCUCCGGAUCAGCUGGUCAUUGCUAACAUAGACCAAACAGAUUUUGAAGGAUUCUCUUAUGUCAACCCCCAAUUUGUACACCCCUUUCUACAAAAUGUAGCAUGAAACAGCAAAACAGGAUCAAAUCACGCAACGGGAAAGGGUCCUUAACCCUAGAAUUUUUAGGCCUUUGCCUUGUUGAUUCCGUUGGGGCCUGAAAAUUGUAGGGUUAGGAAGCGUAGGAUGGGGGAAAGGCCACUAAUUCAGGAUUUUGGCUUUGCAACUGAGAUGUUAUAUUAAUGGGAGAUAAAGUAGUAUACAGUGCCCGUUUAUUCUUCUUGAAGUCACCACUGACUCGUUUAAAGUUUACCCUUUUUUGGUACAUUAUAUAUUUUUGUAACUUCCACUAUCCUUUUGCUCCCUUUUCCACUCUCCUGUAUUAGAAAUAAUAUAACAUGUGAUCUAAAAAAAAAAAAAAACCACCACCCUGAAUAUUUAGUCCUUAAAACGCAGAUGCCACGAGGUAGGAGCACAGGGUCUGGAGGGAGCGCUCCUCUUCCUGGGCUUCCCAGGGACUUUGAGAGAGCAAGAGCACAAGAGACCGCAACGGAGGCAGCACUGGGGAGGAGAGGGCAUUGCGAAAAAUUGUUGAAAAUACUUGCUUAAAAAUAUGACAGGAACGAGCCAGGGGGGAGGUGGUGGUGAGGGGGGAUAAAGUCCAGGUAGCCCCUGAGGCAACACCUAAUCCUGUAAGCACCACCAAAUUUAAACCAACUUCAGCAGUGGCCAGAUCGCUAAGAUCUUUGCUAAGUAGCAUGUGAUAAACUCAAGGGUGAAAUUUUGUCUUUAAUAAUAGUAAUAAUUAUAAUAAUAUUUUUGUGAAUUUUAAUCUCCAUGAGAUUAUUCUGUGUUCCAGGGUGCCAUUGUUUGUUCAGUUAAUUUAAUUUACACCACUCCUCAAGUUUACUGUUAACCAGUUCUACUAAUACCAAUAUUUUAGUAUGAAAAUUGUUAACCUGGAAUGUAAAACAAAACUGUAAUCCCUUAACUCUUAUUUACAUGGUUUUAUUUAUAGGCUGCAAUAUAGGGCAGUAAAUGAAAGAAGGCAUUAUAUAUAGUAAAUUAACAAAAAGUGCAGCCCCAAGUGACUUCCUGAUUGCUCCAGAAUAACUCAUGAAAUUCGAGUGAGUAGUCCUAAAAUAGUCAAUUUUAAUUUUGAACACUUGGGGCUGUUGAAUAAUGGAGCCUGAAAGAAGAAGCACCUAACAAUUGUUUUAUUGAUAGAAGGGAAUUUAAUACAUUUUACAUAUGCUUCAUGCAAUGAAUUUUGCAUGUUUAGUAAUAACUCUUAAUAAUAAGGGUUAAUAAUAAGCAGAUCUAUAUUAUUGACAUAAUCGUAUCAAACAUAAAGAGUAUUAGAAAAAUUUUAUAAAACAAAUUGUGCUUUAUUUGUGGAAGUUCUUGUUCUGAUUGACAUGAUUUAGGUUUAGCUAAAUGUUUUAUUGCUAUUGUUUUGGUUUUUAUUUUAGUUUUUGGAUAUUGUUAAUGGCUUAUGGUAUAAUCUCUUUUUUUUUUUUAACGUAGAUCUACUUUUAAACAGUAAUUGCUACCUGCAGGUUUUAUACAAGUUUCAAUUAGGGUAUCAUUUCACAUCUGCUUAUUACUUACAGAGAAGGAAAUAGACUUUAUCUGCAAUGAUGAACACUGUAAUCAAUGCAGUCUUCUUCUCUCCUAUCACUUAGUUAAAAAAAAUUUGAUACUUCCUCUUAAAACUUACCAGAAGAUAUUAAUUCAAAUACCAGUAAAUAUUUUUGUGCAUAUUUUGGUUUUGUUACAGCAUGUAAAAUAGUAGUCAGUGCAUUUUCCUUUUCUUUCCCUUUUGCCUUGUUAAUGUUAGCAGCCAUGGGCACUUUUCGUCUGUCAGAUGUGCAUGACAAUGCCAGAAGCAUGACAUCUCUGUUGCUGCAUGCAGACUGAUUACAAUUUUUCCAGCAUGUAAACAUAUUCAAAGUAAGAUAUUUGCCAUAAAAGACUUAAAUUUGUACUAGAAUCUGUAACGGGGUGGGGGUCGGGGUUGGUGUUGCGGGGCUACUUUCUAAUCUUCUUUUGUUAUAACAAAACACUUAACCUGUGCCAAAGAUUCUGUUAGAAAGGUCCCGUCCUGCAAACUCUCAGUCGGGUGAACGGCCUUGGCUGACAGGAGUGACCCGUGUGGCUGCGGGAGGAUUGCUUUUGGGUGAAAAGCUGUUGUGUGCUGAUGGUAACUGUGCAGGGCUUUUGCACCUGCAAUGCCCUCAGAAGCCAUAUGUUUGGUGCACAGGACCUGUGAUUUGCAACACUCCAGAAGUUUGACUUUCGCCCAGUGAUAGUCCUCUUGCAGCCACGGCUCUGCAUAAGGAGCAUCUCCGUAGGUCAGAGUGAUCCAGUCUUAAUGCACCUUCCUAGGAAUAAAACAGACCGUUCUAAGUCAUGAAAAAAAUACAGUUGCUAGCAAGGGGCAUUUACGAACAAACGUGUACUCGGAUUGUUGCCUAAAUAAAUAACUCAUAAUUUUAAAAAAAAAUUUUAGGGGUAAAAUUUUUAAAAUAUUCUGUGUCAAAUAUCAGCCAAGCCUAGGAGUUAAUUUUCUUGUUUGUAUAUGAUAUACCUUUAAAGUUAAGGAUAUUCACCAUGAAGCAUGUGGACAUGUACAGCAUUUCAUGACUUUUUAACUUUUUCUAAAUAUUACUAGCCUGCCAUAGUUUAGGAAUAUCAGGGUAUCACACUAUAGAAUAUAAUGGAUUCAACAGGUUACAUAGGCUCAGAUUUUUAGUAAAUAAGGGGCUCUCGAGUAAGUAAAUAUGCUGGGAGCAGGCAUUAUAUGUGUUUCAAGAAUGUGAAGUGAAGAAGAGACUUUUGAAAAGGAAAAUACAGGGAGAAACAGCAGAGCACAGGUUUCGGAAGCAAGUAUGGGGUAGAUCCAGACCAAGCCCGAAACAUGCAGGAAAGCUGGUAGGUGGCACAAGAUGUUCUGGUUUUGAUGAUGAGAUACAAAUUGCAAAGCAAAGUCCAGUUCUAGGUGGUUGGCAUUGAUGCACCUGGGAUAGACCGUACUGUUCAUACCAGGGCGUAACGUUAAAGAGCUGGUCCAACAUCUGAACAGAGCUGCUCGUUUUAUGGCUACUUCUCACAAUCGGUUUCUUAGGCACUUGUGUUUGUUCUGCGGGUUUUCUAACGUCAAAGCAGGAAUUGCUCCUUAAUAUUGUUACCUCAAAUUCCUAUGCUUGGGACAUCUCAUGUUUUCUUCUGUAGGUGUGCAUAACGCUUACUAAAAGGUACUGUGAACUCAUUGAUCCUGCAAGAACAAGACAAGAUUGCAUAAAGCGGGUGAAAUGGGAUUGAAUAUUUGUGUUACUCUUUGCUUAAUGCACUAGCUUGCAUGUGAACGCCAACACUUGGACCAGCCCUUUAAAGAGAAUUCAAAAGUGCACUAGUGGUUUGUUCAUUGCGCAGAAAUUUAUAGUAGCAAGUAAAACCUUAAUUACCCAGCAGCAAGCAUGUUUGUAAGUUUUUAAUACAGAAGUUGCUUAUAUAAGAUUUUGCACAGAUCUGGCUUUCUAGAGAACAUUUAUUAUGAGAGAAAGAGGCAUUAGAACUGCUUUUCUUUCACUUAUAUUCAAUAGCAACAGGAAUCCUAACCCCCACAUUAUUACAAAGAUUGCUAAAAAUAAAAUUGAAAGUUACGUUGCACUGAAGCUGGGGUGAAAGUUUGGGGAAGUGUGUUGUACAAUCCCACAUACACUCAAGUCUGAAGUGCUUUCAGCUCACGAGGACACUCCACUCCCUCCCGAAGGAGAAACAAAUACCUGGCAUCUCUGCAACUAUCUGAACACAGAGAUGAUGCUGAAAAAUUUUAGGUGUCAGUAUAUUUGUACUAACUGACUUGGGGGAAACAAACACUUAGAGGACUUAAAACAGUUUGCUAAAAGUUGCGGUUUGUGUAGAAUUUGAAUUGUUUAGAAAAAGUUUUGUAUUCAUAAAGCUAACCUAAAAUUUUGUGGAAUUAAACAGUGUUCUGGUUUCCCUCAAAUUAAAAACAACCCCCCCAAAACCCUUCUCAAUACUGCUUUAAGCUAGUUGCUGUGUUGUUUUUAAGAUGCAAGUGAUGUGUCAUUUCAUGAUUUGUUAGAAACUCCUCUCACUCUGUAGAGAGAAAGUUCUUCUGUUUCCCAGGCUGAAAUAAAAGACAGCUGCGUUACCAAGUAAGCUGCGCAAUCAGUAAUUUCUUUCCUUUUCUUUAAUGGAGUGAGUCCGUUUCCUGCAAAGGAGACGUAUAAGGCUUUUAGGCCACUUAAAACUUCCCUGCUAUUUUCAGGGAUUAAAUGAGACUUAACUGGUUCGUAGGCACAAUGGUUCGUUAUCUGGGCACAACAUGGGGAGCGUUUAUCCGCAGUCGGGUGACCGCGGUGGGACAGCGGGCCAUGGGAGAAGGGAGAUGAGCAGGGGUUGCAGUGCAGCCCGCUACCUGCUGUCCAGUCUCGUUGCUCUAAUCGAGGAUUGCACGUGCCUGAGGAGCACGGAGCACAUUCCUAUAAUAAAAUACUCCAACUUAACCCAAUUGAGAGGAGAAAUGCAGUUUAGCUUUCUGAUCCUUCCUACUUUACCAAAUUAUAAUUGAAUUUCCUUUUACAAUCUGGAGAAAGUUGUUUUGGAAAUCAGCUGUUAGUUUCAAAGAAACUCAUCAUCUAUAAAAGUUGGGGGCUUUUGCAAUCCGUCCUGUCUUUCAGGGUGAAUUCAGUCACAUAACACUGGGUUCUUGUAAAAUUAAUAAGGGCAACUGAGAGAGGAACUUGUUUUCUAGCCGGAAAGAUAGCGUGUCCAAGGUUCAGGAUUGAGCCAAGCCACUUGCAGUAUGUAUUUUCUCGUUCAGUGCAUCCAGAUGUAAUCACAGUAAAAUGUAGGAGAUGCAUGCAGCGAGCAGAGGAAGAUGAUCCUCCUUAUUGAACACAACAUCAUUGGAAACACCAAUAAUAAGUCUUUGAUAUUAGUAGAAGGAAUACUUACAGUGUUGAGUUUACCGUAGGCUUUCUGAGCUGCCACAGGACUCCUGGAAACAUUUCAUGUGAUUUUGAGUUCUUUCAGUUAUUAGCAUAAAUUAUUGUCGUCAAGUUUUGUCUCUUUCCAAGUAGCGUCAGCUACAGGAAAUGUAUUAUCUGUGUGCUGUUCGUAGGUAGACACUGAGCUACAAAGUAGUAAUAGAAAAAAGUAUAAAAGCUAAAGCACUUUCUUCCUCAGCGCCAUACUCUUAAGUGUGAUCUGAAAUAGUUAACUGAAGAGUUAAAUAAGAAUUGACUCCAUAAACAUGUCUGAUUUCAUACCAACCAACAACUGUGCCAGUAACGAUUGGUAAUUAAAUAGCCUUAUAAUAAAUAAUAAGCAUGCACUAAAGCACUCCUGUGCGUUGGAAACCUUGAGAGGGAGGGAGGGGUGCUCCAGUGCUCGGAGCACAGGCCUGAGAGUGCACAACGCGGGCUCAGCCCCCAGCCCUGCCACUGAUGCCCUUGGUGGCCUUGGGCAAGUUACUUAACCUCUCUGCCUCAGUUACCUCAUCUGUAAAAUGGGGGUAAUAAUACUUACUUACCUCACAAGGAGGCGUGAGGACUUCUUAGUUAAUGUUUCUAAUACACUUUUAACCUGAAAAGUAUUAUUAUAAUUUUUAAUAUUAAAUCAGCUUAUUUAACUCACAUGGUGUUGCUGGAUAUACCAUGCUAUUUCUACUUUUUUAUAUAACUUUAGUAAUUCUACAGAAACCGUUUAAAGAAUAAAAGAACAGAUCUGAUAUGUUUCUUACAGAACCUGGAGUACAGUUUAGCUUUUGUUAACUGGAGCCGGGUCGCAGCGUGAAGUGCUGCUUGCAGAUUGUGUAGAGGUCAGAUGCUCUUACCUCUUUUCCAGUUACUGAGAUUUCUAUGUGCGAUUAAGGAACUCCAUGUAAAUGGAAGUCUUAGCAGAAUCGAUUAUUGUAGGGUGUGAUUCCCCAUAGGUAAAUAAAGUCAAUACAGCUGUUUUCUAGUAAUGUUUAUACUGACUUCUUUUAAAGGAGAAGUUACAUUCUUUAUGCAGCUGGUCCAUCCAUGACAAUUUUACUCAGUGGAUAGUUUUCACUUAUUCCUGUGUCAUAUAUCUUCCUCUUUUCCUUUGCUUAUGCGUGACACCAUACUUCAGGUGUAAUGGAAAAUCACCAUAGAAGCUAUGUUUUUUUCUUCCGUUGAUGUUGGUUGACUAAAAAAAAUCAACAGACCAUUAAUAAUUUUAAACAAUGAAGCGUAGGAAGAGUAAUAAUAACAAAAACUGAUAAUUGGCCAUAACCUACUUCCAUUGCAGUUACAGAACUGGAUCUCAAACUGAUUUUAACAGGGAAGCCUCGCUGACUCGCUGGUAGUAAGUUGAGCUGUCGAAGAGCAGCAUCGUGCUGCUUCCAAACGCGGGCCCUUCUGCUGCUGACGGCAGUCCGCAUCCGAGCAGGCUGCGGAUGGGAGCAGUCUGCAGCCCCUGUUUCCAGCCCGCACCAAUGGAAGCAGAUCUGGCCACACAUCUGUUCCUUCCUGCAGGAUAUAUUGGAAAAUCUGCAGCCGAUGUUACUUCCUUUUUAUAGUCAUACGUAGGUGAAAGAAACAAUUUAAUAAAAAGUCAAAUUAGGGUUGAUCUUUAUAAACCUCUUCCUAAGAACUACUUGGAUCGGUACACCAGUUACUCAGAGGCAAUAUUACUUACAUCAAUUACGUUAUGGCUUAGUCCUUCCGGAGGUGCAGGUGCUCUGGUCUUGGCCUGUGAAGGAAUUCAGUGGAACUGCUGAACGCUUCGAGCUCGGUAUACGCUUCCUUGCUUUACUGGAGCCAAGGCUGGAGGAGCCGGUGUCCGGCAGCACUAAGCCUGUAAGCCCCAAUUCAGCAAAAUAUUGUGUGCCAUUCGCAUUUAGCAAAGCAUGUAAGUUUGUGCAGCACAUCUUCAAAUCCCACAGAAGUCAAGGGAACUUGCUGACUUGGGGCAGAAGUAAAGACUCUUGCAGGGAUAACACAGAUUGAAUCUGCAGAUUGUUCCCCACAAAGUCUUUGGUGUGCUAUUAAAAGGAAUACAAGAAAAACCAUUUUAACAAAAUGAAGCGCUCUGUUGCCUCUUUUUUUAAAAAGUUUUUGUGCAAUUCCCAAAACAUGUAAUUUUGCAAGAUAAUACAGACUACACCUGAAACAUUUAAAAUUGCUGCAUGCUUUGUUAGUAUUGUCUUUUCUCAAUCAAGGAGUAAUACCACCUUGAACUCAUUCAUACUUUUGAAUAUGAUUUUAAGACCCCAGUUUUGUAUUUAUGAAGAGCAGAACAUUAUUUUGCUAUUAUUUAUCUGCAAGAUGCUACCAGAAAACGUGGAGGCGCCAUUCACUUUUCAAAAAACCAUUGGAAACACAGCGGGCAAGACUGAUGUAUAAAUUACUGCAUUGGGUUUUUUUCUUAAUUCUUGGUAUCUUCAAUCUUUGUUUGCAUGAAGUGCUUUUGUUAAAUAUUAAUUGUAGUUUCCAAGCAAGUGUGUAUGAAUAAAAACACUGAUCGUCA